UGCCUGAUUACGGCAUCUACAUUUUGUGGUGGGAGUGGUGCUGGACGAAAAAGAAAAAGUUGCCAGCAUGGCGUUUACGCUGUACUCUCUCAUCCAGACUGCUAUUCUAUGCACUAAUGCAAUCGCUGUGUUGCAUGAAGAAAGGUUUCUAAGCAAGUUUGGCUGGGGUGUUGACCAUGGAGUUGGAGGUUUUGGGGAUGAUCCAGGAAUCAAAGCCCAGAUUCUCACCCUCAUUCGCUCGGUCCGGACUGUCAUGAGAGUGCCUUUGAUAAUAGUGAAUUCGGCCUGCAUUGUCCUGUUGUUACUGUUCGGUUGACAGCGGGACACCCCGAGUGCCAGUGUG